AUGUCUGAAAAAAGAUUAGUUGAUACAGUUCUUAUUAAGUCUAUUCAAGAUGAGUACCCUCUUUUGAACAUUUGGCCAAAAGUAAACGCAGAUAAAUUAUUUAGAGUUAAUUCGAGCUAUGAAUCAAUAUGUAAAGAAAUUAAUGAACAAUCAAAUGGAGAUGUUGGGAGUGAUACUUGCCAAACAUUUUUUGCAUAUUUAGAAGAUAUUGUUAGGGAUGAAUACAAUGAAACUGUUCGUGGUAUUUAUGAUGAUCUUAUAAAUCUAAAUUAUGAAGAUGAAGUAUCAUAUAAUGUUUAUUCGUAUCAAUUUUGGAAUUUUUUACAUUAUUUUAAAAAGAUAGCAAAAAAUAAAAUGUACAAAAAUAUUUAUAUGAUCAAAAAUUUGUAUGAAGAUAAUGAUAAAUUGAAAGGAAUAAUGAAGUUAUUUUAUUUUGAUGAAAAUGUAGGUGAUAUUAAAAAUGUAUUAGAAAAUUAUCAUAAUAAGGACUAUAAGAAGACAUGUGAAUUUGUAAAUGAAUGUAUAGAUGUGUACAGAGAUUUUUUAAAUUAUACAUGUCCUACGGAAUAUUAUGAUAAAUUUUCGGACAGUACUGUAUGUAAUGAGUUGUAUGUAUUUUUUGAUAAUUACGAUAAAAUUCUUUAUCACCCAUUGAAGAAGUAUGAUAGGAUUACAUCUUUAAGAGAAUACCCGGACACUGCUAGAGUCAGAUGUGAUUAUGAUGAACCUAUGUAUAGUUACUAUCCAAUAUUCGCAUUCUUUAAACAUAUAUCACGGGGUGUAACUCCAUUCGGGUUUUCUUCAAUUACUUUUUUCUCCUUGUUGGCUAUCUUCUUGUGUCUCUUCAUUUUGUAUAAGGUGAGGAUGCUGUUUACUCCUGUGGGAUUGCACUUCAGCCCUCAGAAGAAAAAAAUCAAAAAUGCUUGGAAAAAUAUACAGCGGGAGCAUGAAAGAGCAACUCGUUCGAAUAAUGAUCAAGAAAGUGAUAAAAGUGAAGUGACCGAUGAUGAUUCAACAGUUACAGAUGAUUCAUUUAAUAUACGUUAUCAGUCAACGAGAUCUUAG